CUAAUAGGUUCUCAUGCCCUUUGGUGAUUGGUUCUGAGGGCUCUGACUCCUCCCCACUUUAAGGAAGGCGGAGACAAAGAGGAGCGUGGCUAGCAAGAUCGGUGGAGGUGUUUCUGGGGUGAGGGUGGGUUGAAGCCAGCAUGGCGGAACCCGGAGACGGGGCAGACCUGGAACCGGCCCCGGAAGGGUCUGAGGCCCUUUUGCUGAUGGCAGGUGGAGAGGGGGACGCGGAGGAGGUCGUGGAAGUGGUGGACCUUGGGCCGCCUGGACCUGAUGAUCUCGCUGAUGAAAUAGAAGAUGUGGAUUUAGAUGAGGAGGAGGCUGCUUGGGAGGCAGAGGAGGAAGAUGAGGGGGUGGAGGAAGGCAUGGAGGCCCAAGAUGACAGCGAGGUGACAUUCUCUAAGCAUACAGCAUCAGUUUUUUGUGUUAGCCUUGAUCCCAAGACCAACACACUGGCAGUGACUGGAGGUGAAGAUGACAAGGCCUUUGUGUGGCGCCUCAGUGAUGGCGAGCUCCAGUUUGAAUGCUCAGGUCACAAAGACUCUGUCACUUGUGCUGGUUUCAGCCAUGACUCUACAUUUGUGGCCACAGGUGACAUGAGUGGACUGAUCAAAGUCUGGCGGGUAGACACCAAAGAGGAGAUCUGGUCUUUUGAAGUGGGUGACUUGGAGUGGAUGGAGUGGCACCCUCAAUCCCACAUCCUUGUGGCUGGCACAGCUGAUGGCAACUCUUGGAUGUGGAAGAUCCCUAGUGGAGAGUGCAAGACUUUCCAAGGGCCAAACUGUCCAGCUACUUGUGGCCACGUCCUCCCUGAUGGAAAGAGAGCCGUGGUUGGUUAUGAAGAUGGGACGGUACGCAUCUGGGAUCUCAAGCAGGGCAGUUCGCUCCAUGUCCUCAAAGGUCAGGAUGGGCACCAGGGCCCUUUGACCUGUGUGUCCAACAACAAGGAUGGCAGCUUGAUCCUGACAGGCUCCGUUGACUGCCAGGCCAAGCUAGUGAACUCUGCUACUGGUAAGGUGGUGUCAGUGUUCAAAGUGGAGAGUGCUGUUCCCAGGGCUGCAGCAGGAGAAGCUGAGGAGGCUGAAUCCAACUCAGUUGAGUCCCUGGGCUUCUGCAACAUGAUGCCGCUGGCUGCUGUUGGCUAUUUGGAUGGGACCUUGGCUAUUUAUGAUCUUGCCACUCAGACCCUGAGACACAAGUGCCAGCAUGAGUCAGGAAUCGUGCAACUCCUGUGGGAGGAAAGCUCCCCUGUGGUCUACACCUGCAGCCUGGAUGGAGCUGUGUGCCUUUGGGAUGCCCGGUCGGGCAAGCUGAUCAGCGAGUACCGAGGCCACUCGGCGGAAAUCUUGGACUUCGCUUUGAACAAAGAUGCUUCCAUUGUGGUCACCACUUCUGGCGAUCAUCAGGCCAAGGUGUUCUGUGUGCAGCGCCCUGACCGCUAACGGUGCCUCCCUCAAACAGCAACUGGCCCUGCAAGGAAAGAGGCCCAGGUGGACCCAGGCGGCCACACCAGCUGGACUGUGGUGGGGUGGGCGGGGAUUGGCAUCAUUGCAUCUAACCUUUUGGAGGGGUUGUUUUUUGUGUUCCUUUUAAGGGGGAAGCUUUGCCAGUUUAUCCCCUGAUGAUUCCAGGGCGACCCUCUGGAGUUUCGUACAAGGGGCUUUUAAUUAUUCCACUUGUGUGGCGCUUGUGGCAUUACAAAGCUGUGAGAACACAGAAGGUCUGUUCUGAGGAUGUGUCCUCAACAUGACAGUGGUGGGAAGGUGUGCCACGCCUCAGAAAAAUCUUGACCUUCCCUUCCGUCUCAGGUAUGACUUCCCCUCGCAUCACCUUUUUGAAGAAGUGUGUGGAAGAGACCCCAUCUUCCAUGCUCCCUCCCCAGACGCGGGGGUGGGUGGGAUGCGUCACGUCCUCUGAAAGGACGAGGAAGCCCGCCCUUUCCCUUGUUGAAAUCUUUGCCAUUGGUGUUCCUAUGAGCAGAUCAUGGCUUGGUGAGAGGUCGGGUCAGGUCUGAGUGCUGAUGCUCGUGGAGUGUCUAGGCAACAUGGUUUCUUGGGAGGCCGGAAAGACCAGCCUGGGCUUCACAGCUCAGCCUGUUAGAAACAGCACCACCAAUGCAACAUACUGAAAAAACCAAUCCUACCUUUGCUAUUGGAAGACAUCAUGAUGCAAUAAAAAGGAAGGCUACUAUCUUUCA